CGGCAAAUAAGGAAGCACCACAAAUCGAAAAUAGAUGAAUGAAAUUAAGACCGGAUGACUCAUGCGAAGCGAAAGUGUGAGGAUACAAGUACGAAGGAAGGAAAGAAGGAGGGACGGAGGGACGGAGGGAAGCGGGGGAGGAAAGCAGGGAUUGCAGGGACGCAGAGAAAGAGACGCAAAGGCUUGGAAUGUUCUUCUGUGUUCUGAUCAGGAGCGCACUCAGCGGAGCCUGGAGCGACCAUCGCUGCGACUGAUGAUUAAUUUUCUUGCCACGCAAGUUUUCUACCGCCAGGAGGACAAAAUUGUAGGACUUAUAGGAGCAGGCGCUUGCGAGAGUUCAGAGAGGCGCGUGUGCGGACGAGUUAGCGGAGCACGAACACAAGCACAAGUUGAGGAAGGAAGGAAGGUCUGUCUGUGAGGCAUCGAAGGCAUUGGUGUGUAAAUUUGGAUCGUGUGAUUUUCUGAAAGCAAAAAGGAAAUGGAUUUCGAACUCAGGGCGGCGAAGGAGAAAUAUGAGCGAGAGCAGAGAGAUAAAAAAGAGAAGGCGAGGCAACGUCUGGACCGAGAGAAGAAAUUGAAGGAGGAAGCGGCCAAACGGCAGGAGGCAAUCGAUGCUGCCCAAAGAACCCGCCGAAUUGAGGAAGCGGGUGCCACUUUAGAUGCUCAACAGCGACAAGAGGAGGUAAUGUGGUUAGGAGAUGGGAUCGUGUUCGACAAGGAUUAUCUUGGAAUACCAGUCCCAGGCAAUGGAGAUAAACUUAAAUUACCGGCCUCAGCUUUUUCUGAGCUUUCUUCUCAAAAUGCGUUGGACAAGGGUCCAAUGUUCUUUAAAGUUUCUGUAGCUUCGGAGAGGGCCACAGCUUCAUCCUCAUCAGAAAGCAAUGCAUAUCGAACGGAAGAUAUGGAAGCCAACCACACUCAUGCCGGAGUCCUGGAAUUCACUGCUAACGAAGGCUUCGUAGAAAUACCUCCUCAUGUCUGGCAGAAUGUAGGGCUGGCCAGUGGAUCAAGCUCUGGUUUAGCGAAGGUAAAAGUUUGUUAUGUGCGACUGCCCAAAGGAACUUACGCAAAGCUUCGACCAGAAAAUCCAGAUUUUAUCGAUGUUCCAAAUCACAAGGCAGUCCUUGAAACGAAGCUAAGACAUCAUGCAAGCAUGUCGGUAGGUGAUUUACUCACCGUCCAGCACGCCGGAGUAGAUUAUGGUCUGAGGGUUAUGGACCUCAAGCCAAGCUUGAGUGUCUCUGUGCUAGAGACAGACAUGGAAGUGGACGUCGUAGGUUCCGGUGAUAAUAACGAAGAUGGAAGUUCUGCACAAAGCAGACUACUUCCCCUUGAGCUUGGCAAGUCUCAAAAUGGUGUUGUUCCUGAAGGAGAAUACAGAUACUACAAGUUUAGUGUAGAUAAGACGAAUGGGAAGGCAAUAAGCUCUGGGGAGUUGAGCUUGUUGGUUCAUUUGAGUGUUGAGACCAGUGGGGGUGCCGCCGAUGCAGACGUCUAUAUCGGUGCCCACCCGUUGCUAUUCCCAACCAAACACAAUCACGACUGGUCGUCACACGACAAAGGUUCCAAGGUUAUAAUGAUGACAUCUUCUGGCCGAGAAGUUGGUGAGGGCACAUUCAGCAUUGGAGUAUAUGGUUUUUCCGGAACUACCUCUUACCAAGUGCUGGUAGAGGUAAAACAGGCCGUUCAAGCACCUCCAGGACAGAAGUUAGGGACCAGAGGUUCAGUGAGUUCACCUUCCAGUUCACAUCAGCAAGGAGAAGAUGGGUUUGAAAAGUGUGAGAACUGCGCGCAGCUUAUCCCACAUAGAACAUUUGCUCUUCAUGAAGCCUACUGUCGUAGACACAAUGUUAUUUGUAAACAUCCAAAUUGUGGUAUUGUAUUAAGAAAAACCGAGAUGGAAAAGCACGUACAUUGUGGGAAGUGUGGUCAAGCUCUUCAGAGGGACGAGCUGGAAAAGCACACGAAGGUUUUUCAUGAGCCCCUAAAAUGCGGUUGUGGAGCGGUCUUGGAAAUGGAACAAAUGGUGGAUCAUCGGGCGUCAGUCUGUCCUCUUCGGCAAAUUACCUGUCGGUUUUGCGGGGAUAUGGUUCAGGCAGGUGCAGAAGCUGAAAAUGUACGUGAUCGCUAUCGAGGAUUGACCCAGCAUGAGAGCUCGUGUGGCUCACGCACUACACCUUGUGACACUUGUAGACGUGCUAUUAUGCUGAAAGAAAUGGAUCUGCACAAAGCAGCUGCUCAUGGUGGCCCUUCACAGAUAGAGUCCUCAUUGCUCAGCGAUAGUACACCACUAUCAGGACAGAUUGGAAAAAUUACAGAGCAUGCUGGAAGUAACGUACGGGUAGCUGAUUCUCAACCUUACACACCUAGCCAUAUUGAAUGUCCGAUUUGUAGUAGAAAGUUCGAUGGUCAUGAGACUUGGCAACUCAAUGAACACAUUAAUACGGUCCAUUUAUCGUCCCAAGAAGAGGCUGCUAGUGGCAUGCAGGUAGAAAGCAGCGUUGUAGAAGAAACUGUAAAUAGAUUUCCUUUCUCUACUACAAAGAGAACAUUGUCAGUCGCAUGUCCCAUUUGUGGGAUGGCUGUUCACAGUGAGCGUGAUUUGAGCUCACACAUUGACAUGGUUCAUUAACUUCAACUUGAAUCAUGUAUGGAUCACAGUUGUUAGGACACUUCUGAUGCUGCCUAAAUUCAAAGGGCUCCAUUCCAACGUUGUUGCUAUCUAAGUCAUCGUCCAUCAUCUCUAGCUCAUGGAACGAUGCUCUUCCUCCUGUGAAGUUCGUCAAAGCAGUCGGUUGGCAGUUAGUAAGUCGGACAAUGGAAUCUUGUUACGGACAUUGUUUGUACAUUUAUAUAUUUGGAGACAACUUCUGUAAGGUCAGUUGCCAAGAACCCCGAGGUUCAGUUGUGAAGUCCAG